UGUAAUUAAGAAAAAAAAAAGCUACUAAACAAAAUACCAAGCAUGGGGUCACAACUCAUUGCAAAAUGGAAGCAAAACGCGGAGCUGUAAAAGAACAAAGAAAUAAUAUUCUUCCAUCAGUGAGAAACAAACGUAGCUGAUUCAACAGAGAAGAUAAUGAUUCCUGAAAACAGUACAAUGGGAGACCCUGUGGAUAAAGAGACUGAACUUGGAAGUAGUGAGCAGCCUCAUUCCCCAGCGUCCACCAGUAGCCAAGAAUCAAAGUUGCAGAAACUUAAGAAAUCACUUUCUUUCAAAACGAAGAGCGUAAGGAGUAAAAGUGUAGACAAUCUCUUUCAGAGGACUAAUAGUGACAUGAAACUGCAAGUUGAAUUGGAUCCGGAAGAUUGCCCAACCAGCACUAUUCAGAUCCAAACCUCCGAGAGUCAGCACUCUACUCCUACCAAAGUCCCACAGCAAGUGGACAAUAAGGCUCACAUUUUACAGGAGCAUGUAUUUAAAAAGCCUACAUUUUGUGAUGUAUGCAACCACAUGAUCGUAGGGACACAUGCAAAGCAUGGCCUGCGCUGCAAAGCUUGCAAGAUGAGCAUCCAUCACAGAUGUACAGAGAGCACUGGUUUUCAACGUUGCAUGGGAAAGCUUCCAAAAGGUUUUCAACGCUAUUAUAGUUCUCCACUCCUCAUACAUGAACAAUUUGGCUGUAUUAAAGAAGUAAUGCCAAUUGCAUGUGGUAACAAAGUAGACCCUGUCUAUGAAACUCUGCGGUUUGGGACCUCUCUGGCACAGAAAAAUAAGAAGAGCAGUUCUGGAAGUGGUUCCGACUCACCCAAUAUGAACUCUGCUGCAGAUCUGGCAGAAGUGCCUGAAGAGGGUGACAACUCAUUCCUUUUGGAUUUAAGCCGAGAGCGGAGAGACAGUGUAUUCACCUACUUAGAAAAUGGCACAGAAACCUUCAGGGAAGAUCAUCAACAAAAGAGCAGUAAUUCCAUGGUACCACAAUACCAGGACCCUGCGGAUAUUUUUGUAGCUUUAUAUAAAUUUAUACCACAGGAAAAUGAAGAUUUAGCUAUGAGGCCGGGUGAUAAAAUAAUUGUUCUGGAUGAUUCAAAUGAGGAUUGGUGGAAGGGUAGAAUAGACGAAAGGAUUGGAUUUUUCCCUGCUAAUUUUGUUCAAAAGGUCCAAAAAAAUGAAAAACUUUUUCGUUGCUGCAGAACAUUUAUUGGAUGCAAAGAACAAGGACAGAUAACAAUUAAAGAAAAUCAGAUAUGUACAAGUUUGGAAAAUGAAAACAAUGGGUUUAUUAAAGUGACCACUGGGAAGAAAAAAGGAUUUGUACCCUUAGACGUCCUAGAGAAUAUCUGACAUUUUUCUCUCAAAGUCAUCAUUGGGCAAGCUUUCUCAAAAUGAAUUGUUCGAGUGGCAUUUUGUUAUACUGAGCUAUGUGGAAUGGACAGAAAACAGUGGAUAAUUCAUUGAAAAUAAAGGUUAUCUCCAUAUGGAAUAUGAACAGUUUGCAGUGGCUAAAUAGAUAUGUAUCUUUGGAGAUACAGCCUCUCUGUAUGUCUUAAAUAAACCAGAUAUUUAGAUUUUUUUUUAAAGUCAGGUUUCUAGGAUUAGCUUAGUGGGGUGGGUAUGUCAUUGCCUUAGCUAUAGCAAAAUAUCUUCAGAUCCAAGCUUGUAAAAUCAUUUAAUCCUUUAUCAAAAUACCAAGUACCAAAAUCACAAGCUUCUGGAUGUGAGAUUAAUUGUGCCUAAAAACAUUUUAUGCGCAGUGCUGUUUAAAUUAUCAGCGUGACAUAAGUGAACAUUUACUGAACAAACUGAUUGAAUAAGAGACGUUUUGAAUAUUUAUUGGUUGUGUGAAAGGAACAGUUACUUUUAUCUAAUGUCUACUGUCUAAAAAGUUUCUAUUCUAACAAACUUGAUGAGAUUAGGUAGUGUGCUAAUUUUCUUUUUGUGGUUGAAAUUUAUAAAUUAUAUUUCUACUCGUGA